AUGCGUGUGUCCCUGAUUGUUCUUCUUGCUGCUGCUGCAGUCAGCUGUGCAAGCCCAAUUCUGAACCCUCAAUCCGACAUUGAACAGCUUGAACAGCAUGAUGCUCAUGACAAGCGUGAGCCCCAAGCUGGAAAUCGAAAUGGUCAACAGGACUACAUCAAGCGCGAGCCCCAAGCUGGAAAUCGAAAUGGUCAACAGGACUACAUCAAGCGUGAGCCCCAGGCUGGAAAUCGACAUGGCCAACAAGAUUAUAUCAAGCGUGAGCCCCAAGCUGGAAAUCGACAUGGCCAACAAAAUUACAUAUAG